UCAGAGAUUACUAGGGUAGUGGGCGUGGCCAGAAGAAAAGCAAGCGGGUCUGCGCAUGCGGAGAAGAAUUCGCGCAUGCUCGGUCGUCGCCUUUUCUGAGGAGGAAGCCGCUCCGUGCGAUGUGAGGCUAGAUUCGGUGGAGGGGUGCCAUGCCUCACAAGACAGAACUCUAUCAAAAUUUCCCAUCAGCAUGUUGGCCAAUUGUGUAUUCUCCUGAUUAUAACAUUACAUUUAUGGGACUGGAGAAACUACAUCCAUUUGAUUCUGGAAAAUGGGGGAAAGUCAUAAAUUUCUUAAAAGAAGCAAACCUAGUCACAGAUGACUCUAUUGUACGAGCACAAGAAGCAAGAGAAGACGACCUUUUGGUUGUUCACACACGACAGUACUUGAAUCGAUUAAAGAAGCACAUACUGGAAAGCUUUGAAGAGUGGUCAUUCGUUGUGGCUACCAUUACAGAAAUCCCACCCGUUCUUUUUUUGCCCAAUUUCCUUGUACAGAGGAAAGUGCUCAGACCCCUGAGAAUACAAACAGGAGGAACAAUAAUGGCAGGGAAACUGGCCAUUGAAAGAGGAUGGGCAAUUAAUAUUGGAGGUGGUUUUCAUCACUGCUCAGGUGAUAGAGGUGGAGGAUUUUGUGCAUAUGCUGAUAUCACAUUGACCAUAAAGUUUUUAUUUGAAAGAAUGGAAGGUGUUUCUAGGGCAACUAUAAUAGAUUUGGAUGCACAUCAGGGGAAUGGUCAUGAAAGAGACUUCAUGGACGACAAACGAGUGUACAUUAUGGAUGUAUACAACAGGUAUAUUUAUCCAGGAGAUGGAUUUGCUAAACGAGCCAUAAGUCGGAAAGUUGAAUUGGAGUGGGGCACAGAAGAUGCAGAAUAUCUUCAGAAAGUAAAAGCACACGUGGAAGCUGCAUUGGAUGAAGUGAAAUCAGAUAUCAUUAUCUAUAAUGCUGGAACUGAUAUUCUGUAUGGAGACCCCUUGGGAGGCCUGGCUAUUUCACCUCAGGGAAUUAUUGAAAGAGAUGAAAUCGUAUUCAGAGCUGCUUGGAAGCAUCAAAUUCCAAUCUUGAUGGUGACCUCUGGAGGCUAUAUGAAGAGGACGGCUCGGAUUAUUGCAGAUUCCAUCCUCAAUUUAUAUCAUGUAGGGCUCAUUGACACGGACCUUGCAAUUGAAGAAGCUGGAAGCACCUAGGUAGAAGCAGGCAGCAAACAGUAGACAAUAUUAACUUAACAUGUCAGUCAGUAAAGUAGGAGGAUUUCGAAUGUUGUUUAAUGCUAAAGCAACUCUAAUUGUUUAAUAUUUAAACCAAGAGACAAGUAAUAUCCCCAGUUCUCAUAGAAUUAAUGUAAGAUUUUUAAAAAUUUGCUUGCCAGUGACAGUCAUAUGAGGAAUGCCAGUAGAUGGAUGAUGCUUCUCACAGGCUUUUCCAGUGGUUUUAAAUGCUUUGUUACUAUAAGAGGGACAUAAAAUCCUGGAUUUUCUUCCAGGGGUCAGGCUAUAAAAAGUUAAUAUCCUUCUAUAAGAAUAAUAAUAAUAAUAAUAAUAAUAAUAAUAAUAAUAAUAAUAAUAAUAAUAAUAAUAGCUUUAUUCUUAUACCCCACCCCAUCUCCCCGAAGGGACUCAGGGCGGCUUACAUGGGGCCAAGCCCGGAACAACAAUAUAAAAGCAAAUGCAAACAAUAAAAUAGAUCGAUCAACAAUAAAACAUCAAACAACAGUAAACAGAGAUGGCCAUCCAACCUGCUUAAAAAUCUCUAGAGAAGGAUAUUUCAUAUUCUACUGCCAAACAAUGUUUACAAUUAGGAAGUUCUUCCUAAUGUUUACGUGGAAUUUCCUUUCCUGCAAUUUGGAUCCAUUGCUCUGUGUCCUAAUCUAAGCAUCAGAAAAUAUGCUUGCCCCAUCCUCAAUGUGACACCCUUUCACAUAUUAAAACAUGGCAAUCAUGUCCUCUCUCAGCCUUUAAUUAAAUAUUGGCAGUGUAAUGUAGACAUGCUUCCUUGAUGUGAUCUCUCCCUUUGCUGAAAGAAUUAUGUAGCAUAUGAGGAUUGUACCACUUAAAGCAGUGGUUCUCAACCUGGGUCCCCAGAUGUUUUUGGCCUUCAACUCCCAGAAAUUCUAAUAGCUGGUAAAUUGGCUGGGAUUUCUGGAAGUUGUAGGCCAAAAACAUCUGGGGACUCCAGGUUGAGAACCACUGACUUAAAGGAUACAGUCAUUUCUACAGAUUGACAGAAAAAUAAUUUCAAGUUUAGAGCAAGAGCAUUUUGAGGAGCACAUUGAGCAUCUGGUGUAGUGUGUGUGUUGAAGGUACAAAAUUGAGCACUUUUUCAGCCAUUGCCAGAAGACAGGAACAGAAUUCAAAUUGAUCUUAACAGAUUAGAUAGCUGGGCCAGAACUAACAAAAUGAAGUUCAACAGAGAUAAAUGGAAGAUACUCCACUUAGGCAGAAAAAAAUGAAAUGCACAAAUACAGAGUGGGGGACGCCUGGCUUGAUAGCAGUACUUGUGAAAAAGAUAUUGGAGUCCUCAUGGAGAACAAGUUAAACAUGAGCCAACAAUGUCAUACGACAGCUAAAAAAGCCAAUGGGAUGUUGGCCGGCAUAAAUAGGAGUCUAGUGUCUAGAUCCAGGGAAGUCCUGCUCCCCCUCUAUUCUGCCUUGGUCAGACCACACCUGGAAUCACACUGUGUCCAGUUCUGGGCACCACAAUUGAAGGGAGAUGUUGACAAGCUGGAAUGUGUCCAGAGAAGGGCGACUAAAAUAAACAAGGGUCUGGAGAACAAGCCCUAUGAGAAGCGACUUAAAGAGCUGGGCAUAUUUAGCCUGCUGAAGAGAAGGCUGAGAGGAGAUAUGAUGAGGGCCAUGUAUAAAUAUGCGAGGGGAAAUCAUAGGGAGAAGGGAACAAGUGUGUUUUCUGCUGCCCUGGAGACUAGGACACAGAACAGUGGCUUCAAACUACACAAAAGGAGAUUCCACAUGAACAUUAGGAAGGACUUCCUAACCUAGAGCUGUUCAGCAGUGGAACUCUCUGCCCUGAACUGUGGUGGAGGCUCCUUUGGGGGCUUUUAAACAGAGGCUGGAUGAUCAUCUGUCGGAGGUACUUUGAAUGCGAUUUUCCUACUACUUUACAGGGGGUUAGGCUGGAUGGCCCACCAGGUCUCUUCCAACUCUAUGAUUCUAUUAAAUAGAUUUCUAUCAGGAAAAUGGCGAAAUCUCUUUAUGUUAGAUUUUAAUGUGUUCUUUAUUAACUGCUGAAUAUCCUUCACUGGUGAAGGAAGGCAAGCAUACACUUUCCUCAGAGGUGUGUACUGUCCUAUCAAGAUCAAAAUUCAACUAUCAAUUAAAUCAUAAAAACACAAUUAAAUAUUAAAACAUGGAGUUAAAAACGUAUUAAUUUAAACUUUAAAAUCACGUAAUCCAUUGGAGAUAGAUACAGUGCUACUAGAAGAGGUUCCUAACAGCUGCCGAUUACAGCAGGAAAAAGGAACUAGAGCUCAACCUUGCUUACAGGCUUAUAUAGUACUGGGGAGUGUGGGCAGGGCCUCCUCCAAAAUGUUUCAGUGCUACAACUCUAGAAUGUUCCAAAAAGCUCUGCAUGUGCGUGAAAAUCCAUAUGUGCAAUUUUCAGAUUCCACAAAGAAGAAAUGAACUACGACUCCCGUAUCCAGAGAGGAUGUGUUCCAGGACUUUGCAUUUACUAUUUUUAUAAGCCUAAGUCUAAAAGGUCUCUGGUCUGAGAAGUUCUGUGCACAGUUAAAAUACUACUUAAGUUUAUACACAAUCAGUAGAAGUUGGUAAUGUAUUUCAGUUGAUUUUAUUAGGAUUUUUACAAGCCAUUAAAUCCCAGAAAAUCAGCUGAUUACAUUUUUAAAGGCCUUUAUAGUUCUGGAUUGUGCCUAUAAAAACUGGAUUGACCAGGCAUUCUGUCCUUCAUAAACAGUGCUUAUUUCUGGUUAUACUGUAUUUAUUAUUAAUGCUAGCAUGUAAUAUUAUAUAAUAUUCUAAAUAUAAGAUGAUACAAUUGGUUGAUGUAAAGUAAAUACAAAUGUAAUGAUAAUAUUUAUUCACUAGUUUCCUUAGAGUUGUGUUCAGAGGUACCUGCUUUUCCUACAGACAUAUACUAGGUUUAUUUCAUAUUUGUCUUAAUGGGGGCAGUUUUAUAUUAGUAGUAGGAACAUUAGCUGCUCCGGUUGUUGUUUUCAGUUUUGGUAAUUUCUGGUUAAUUGAUGUUUAUUAUUACUUACAAGUUAUGUAACCAAUAAAGUCGAUGUCUGGCUUAAUAGCUGAGGUAGGGGGAAUAAUUUCUUAGGCGGGUAAAAUGUGCCUCGUCACAUCCUUUUUUGCCAGCCUCAGUAACUGGCAGCAAUAGCUUAAAUACAAAGUGUGCCAUACUGUUGUCAUUGUGGACAUCAAAUGGGUCUAACUGAAUUAGCGAUGGACACCUUCCCCCUCCCACGGACACCCACCCCCAGCCAAAUAAUGUUAGAGGAUGCUCAGACACUGGGUUCUGUGUAAAUGCAUUUUUAGCAGAGAUUAACAAGCCCUGAUCCAAAGAGUGGGCAUCUCUCUCUCUAUCCAUCAUUCUGCCAACCUUUUCCUCUAUUCUUCUCCACUUCCCCUAUCCUUCAGCUGGUUUAUUCUGCUUCUCUGAUAUAUGUGACUGUAACAGAAAACUGAACUUUUGCCUUUUUUCCUUCUUCCACAUGUUGUUCAGUUGAAAGCAGGAAACGACUAAAAGAAGCAUGUAUUCUAGAAUUCUUUUCCAUGCUCUUCCUCUGUUCACUGACAUUUAGUUGAGUGCUAGAGGGGUGAGUGUUGGGAUGAAUUUUAACUCUCCCCUCCCAUGCCCUCCCAAAUUUGUUGUUGAAGGCUUUCAUGGCCGGAAUCACAGGGUUGUUGUAUGUUUUCCAGGCUGUAUUGCCAUGUUCUAGAAGUAUUCUCUCCUGAUGUUUCGUCCACAGGGUGAAAAGUCCAGGGACUUUCCACAGAUAUAUAAACCUUCCUUGCUUAGUUUCUCCAUACCUCACUACCUCUGAAGAUGCCUGCCAUAGAAGUUGGCGAAACGUCAGGAGAGAAUACUUCUAGAAUAUGGCCAUACAGCUCGGAAAACAUACAACAACUCUCCCUAAAUUGUUGCUUAACUAAGGGUACAUGGACGCUUUUGAAUGGAUGCACUUUGACACCACUUAAACUGCCAUGGCUCGAUCCUGUGAAUUCCUGGAAAUUGUAGUUUAGUGUGGCACCAGCACUCUUUUGACAGAGAAGACCUUGAAAAAUUACAACUCCUAGCAUUCCUUACAUUUGAGUCAUGGCAGAUAAACUGCAUUAGUUCUACAAUAUGGAUGCACCCUAACAGGUAGAAGGGUUUUGUGUUUCUAUCCUACCCAUUCUGCCCACCCAGACCUUUUGAGGGUUACAAUGGAAUAUUUUGUGACUCCUAUACCAUGCACUUUUGUAAAUAUACAAACUAAAUCAAUAUAGUUAGAUAAACUUUGGGAAUUGACUUCAAGUGCAUUCCCUUUAACACGUUUUUCUGCUAAUGUUGAGGAUUUCUCUAAAAUGAGUGAUUGUUUUGCACAAAAUAAAUGUUCUUGUCCUCUAAAAGCAUAUAGACACUACACACAGAGGAGAGAGACAUUAUUCGUCUCCUUUGUGUCCAUAGGUACAGUGCUAGAUUACAGGAUCUCUGUGUAUUUCAGUAACAGAAUAAGCUCCUCACAGUAUGCAAGUACUAUUAAGAUGUCAUAGAAAUGCGUAUACUCAAUUCACUUUCUUAACCUGAGCCAGAUAAUUGUAGAAAAUGAAACUCAAGCUUGCUAUGAAUGUCAUUUGUUUAAAUGAAUCUGACACUUUGAAAUAAUGGCAAUACUGUCUUCAAAAGCACUUUCUUCUUGUGAGAAUGUUGAAACCACUAUUAAAAACAUUGAAAUGUAUUUUUAUAUAGUUUAAUGUGUUAUCUAGAGUUGUUAUAACCUGAAAUAAUUUAAUAAGUUUACAUUUCUAUUAAGUUUAGACACUGUAAUGCAAUGUACGAAAUGUUUGAAAUGGAACUUUUUGUUCCAGAUUGUGUUUAAUGUUCUUAUUUAUGGAUACAAUUAAAAUACUACUAAUCAUU